CGUCUACUAUCAGGUAUUGCAUGGCAUCUCCUCUCUAGCGACUCAUAGCUUUGGCCGACUCUCCAUCUAUCCGCCCCCUUCACGAUGCGCCUGCCGGUGGCUCUCGUCCUCGGCGCGCUGCUUGGGGCCGCCCAGGCAUCUGUCGUCGUCCGACAGGACAACGCCGGCCCAGAUUCCUCCACGGCUCCCGCCCCGACCGCCGGAGCUGACGACUCGUCGACCUCUGCGCCGCCUCCUCAGACCACGCCGCCCCCGAGCUCGACGUCCUCGUCCUCGUCCAGCAGCAGCACCAGCCCGGCCGACAGCGACACCACCGUCUUCGAGACCGAGACCGUCACGGGCGCGGGCGGCAAGACCGUCACCAGCACCCGCACUCUGACGGCGACGAGCGGCACCACGGUUGUCGUGACAGCCACCGUCUUUGUCACCACCACUGUUACUAGCAGCGGCGGCGAGACAGCCACCAAGGUCGUCUACGACACCACCACCGUCUUCGCGACGCCCACCGACAGCCCGGCCGCCCAGAAGCGCGCUGGCGAGAUUGCGCCUAGGACUGGAGUCGCUGCCGCUCCUACCGGUGCCCCCGAUGCCGACUAUCUGGCCCGGUCUCUGGCCUUGCGCGACCUGGAGGCGCGCGCCAUCUUCACCGAGGUCGUAACGGUCACCGUUGGAGGCGGUGGUGGCUCGACUGUUGUCGAGACGACUACCCGGACGGUCAAGAACACGGCUACUUCUCGCACUACCAUUACUAGCACCGUCACGACGACCGACCAGGUCGGCGCGAGCACGACCAUUACUUCGACCAGCCACUUGACUGUCACGUCCACCGUCGUCACCACCGGUGUCGAAGAGACCACCACGCUGCCUCCUCAGGCCUCUGACUCUGGUACGGGUGUUCCGGAUAGCAACGGCAGCCAUUCGUCCAGCUCCGGCUUGUCUACGGGAGCCAAGGCUGGCAUCGGUGUCGGUGUCGGUGUCGGCGGUCUUCUCAUCCUUGGAGCCCUCCUCUUCCUCAUCCUGAGGCGUCGCAACCGCGGCCCCCGACCUGAGCACGACGACCUCGUUGGCGCUUCUGAGGUCCCCGUUGGCGGUGCUGGCGGCGGCGGCGGCAGCGGCCUCAAUGGUGGAAGCAGCGGUAGCCAGCCUCCCAUGUCCUCUCACACCCCCUCGGCAGCCGCUUUCUUGGCCCCAGGUCGCGCUCCCGUCGCCCGCGAAGGCUACCGUGGAACCGCUCUCGGAGAUGGACGUGCUGGAUAUGCUAAGCCAGAGCCAUACGGCUCGGCCUACACCUCUCCCAGUCCGACCACCACCAUGGCCCAGACCGUCAGCCCUGCCUCGUUCGAGAGGGCCAAUCUGGUUACUCCUCAUCAUGCCGACGCUGCCGAGCUGCCCAACGACAACCCAAACGCUGCGAAAUGGCACGAUCCCAACGCCGCUGAGAUUGACGGCCACGCUGUCAUGAGCCACCAGAGCGGCCCCGUCUACGAAAUGCCCACGCAAAACUACCGAUAAAGGAGAGCGAGAUGUGGGCAAUUCGUCGUUGGAGUGUUGAGGCUACGUAGGACCGGCAGAAGAGAUGGCAUCCACCCCAACCACCAACUACUUGGUAUAGUCGUUGGGAGAGACUUCACAUCUACGGCUGCGACGGGAACAUACAAGGCAUGUGUCUUUUGUAUAUACUUGUCUAUACCCCGGCGUGCUCACCUUGAAGUGGGCUUUAAUGAAUAGGAGAGAGCGGCUUGGCGAUUUUUCUAACAAUCCUGGACGCAACUUGGAGGAGGGACGAUAUUUCUGAUUUGAUGUGACGUACGAUAUCUGACGCUAGAGGAGAGGCCAUGUGCACAAUGACGACGCUGGGGAGGAACCUUGAAGAUGUUACCGGACACAUGUAACGAUGACUGGAGAGCACAUGGAUGCCUGUUUUGUUUUUCGUUUUGCGCUGUCUUGCGUAGCCGCUUUAUGUACCUUUAAUAAUGGACCGUUUCGAUUCUUCUGUUC